GCUGGUCAGAAGGAUGGCCGGGUAGAGGAUGCAGUAUUACCAAUACCAGGCCAGGGCAGCCCUUGCCUAGUGAUCUUUAGUACGAUCAGCCCUGUCCGCUCUGCAGUCCCUGUCCCCAGCAAUAAAAGGAAGGACAAAAGCGCCACCCAGCUGUACCGGGUCUCCAGUCUCCACGCUCCGGAUAUCUGUGGACAGCAUUCCGGCCCUAGCCGAACCCCGGCAAGUCUUGAAGCCCUCUCGCGUCUUAAUUGCCUCAACUGUAAAGCUCACGUGCAAGCCUGGAGUUCAGACAGGACCCUGAGCUUCCGGCACGUUUCCAAACCCAACACUGCCGGCGGCCAGCGGAAAGGGCGUGGCCGGGGCGUGGCCUGGAGGCCGCCGAGGGGUGGGAGCAGGCAGGGAUCCCCAGACGGGGCUAGAGGAAUGGACAGUAGACCAAGUCCGGGUUCGAGGGCAGCCUGCAGCGCCGGGAAGGCGGGGCUCGGGAGGAGGCGUGACCAAUUCGUUGAGGCUGUGGGGCGUGGCCUUCGGAGAGUGGGUCGCUGCCUGGGCGGGCCCGCGGCUUAGCGGGCGGUGCGGAGCCCCCUCAGCGCGGCUCCUUUAAGCCGGGCGCCGCCCCGCCACCGCCUGGGUCUAGCUGGCGGCGGGGCCGUGGCCGGGCGAUCUGCGAUGGAACUCCACAUCCUAGAGCACCGGGUGCGGGUACUGAGCCUCGCCCGCCCGGGCCUCUGGCUCUACACUCACCCUCUCAUCAAGCUGCUCUUCCUGCCCCAUCGCAGCCGGUGCAAGUUCUUCAGCCUGACGGAGACCCCGGAAGAUUACACACUCAUGGUGGAUGAGGAGGGCUUUAAAGAGCUACCCCCAUCCGAGUUCCUGCAAGUGGCCGAGGCCACAUGGCUGGUGAUGAACGUAUCCUCUCACAGUGGGGCGGUGAUGCAGGCUGCUGGCGUUACCAAGAUUGCGCGGUCUGUCAUUGCCCCGCUGGCCGAGCACCACGUGUCUGUGUUGAUGCUGUCCACAUACCAGACAGACUUCAUCCUGGUUCGGGAGCAGGACCUGUCUGUAGUGAUCCACACACUGGCCCAGGAAUUCCAAAUCUACCGGGAAGUAGGUGGGGAGCCUGUUCCGAUUGCCAAGGAUGAUUGGAGCAACGGCUUUCCCCGAGCCCAGCACGGGCCCAGCCCCACGGUGCAUCCCAUUCAGAGCCCGCAGAACCGAUUUUGUGUCCUCACACUGGACCCUGAGACAUUGCCGGCUAUUGCCACCACCCUCAUCGAUGUCCUCUUCUACUCACACAGUGUCCCCAGGGAGGCAGCCUCCAGUGGUCCUGAGUCAAGCUCCAUCCCGUUCUUCGCCUUCUCCCUCAUUGAGGGUUACAUCUCCAUUGUUAUGGAUGCCGAGACCCAGAAAAAGUUCCCCAGUGACCUCCUGCUGACCAGUUCCUCUGGAGAGCUGUGGAGGAUGGUGCGCAUCGGGGGACAGCCCCUGGGUUUUGAUGAAUGUGGGAUUGUGGCUCAGAUUGCGGGUCCCCUGGCAGCUGCCGACAUCUCUGCUUAUUACAUCAGCACCUUCAACUUUGACCAUGCCCUGGUUCCUGAAGAUGGGAUCGGCAGUGUCAUUGGUGUGCUCCAGCGAAGGCAAGAAGGGCUGACUUCCAAAGAUCCGUAGGGAACACAAGCCUCCCAGAAUUCCCUACCACGGGGCUCUCAGAGACUUUUCUGAGCUCUUUCCUGAAGCUGCAGAAUGAGCCCCUGAUCCUACCAAGGGACCCUGGUUCUGCUGUCUGUAUGUAAGCUGCAUGGAGCUGGCCCUCAGCACAGUGGGCAGUGCUGCCUCCAAAUAUCUGCCCAAAAGGACACCUUGGUGCUUGGGGCUUAGACCCCCAACCCAUCACUGUCUAAAUGACCUCAGCGUUUGCACAGUCCCUGCGCAAGGCUCGACCCAUCUCAGUCUCACCUGGCUGGGUCCUUCUGCCCUGAGCUGGGCUCUGAUCUCCAGCUUGGGUUGCCUUCCUGGCCAGGUGAGCUCCAACAGUGCCUUCCCGCUUGGGGCUCCCAAGGAAAGGGUUUUUACAUCUCACUCAUAUUUUUAUGACUGUUUAAAUAAAAGACUUUCUG